AUGCCGGUAGAAGCACCACCGCACGAGGCUACCGCCUUGACACUCUUCGCUAGCGUUUCCGAUGUGACAGGUCUCGCUAAUCUCCUCAAAUCUGUCGCAAUCCAGACCCAUGCUGUCAUCAUUGCGUCAAGCUCAGGGCUGGAAAUCGUGACCGAACUCAAUCGAACCUUGCAAGCCCAUGCCUAUCUCUAUUCUCACAUGUUCGACUCUUACACCUUCAGCAAGCCCACUACUAGCGUUCAGAACGGCAACUCAUCACGCCCCAGGACAAAGCGCCCGCAAUGUAGAAAGCCUCCCAGAACCUCAAGAGAUCAAGAUGAAAUUGCUGAUGCGCAAUCGCAAGCCGACUCGGACAAUCAACAGGAUGAGCGAACGCCAAAUGCUUCUCCAACUCCAGAAACAGCUCGAAACCGCUCACAACGUGCAGCAGGCCUAGAUGAAUACGGCCACCAUGGUGACGCAAACGACGACGAGCCAGCUAGCGUCUCCUUCGAGGUUAAUCUACAGACUUGGAUCUCUUGUCUCAACAUCUUUGGCGGCGUAGGACCUUCGCGACCCCACGGCACCGGGUCAGGUCACUCCAAUCUGCGCAACGACGCAGCAGGUGUUGGAAGUAGCGCAUCUCACCGAGGCCGAGGUUAUGGCCGAACACGCGACGGCACAGUCGAACCCUACGGCGGCGGAGACAGGGGUGGAUCAGUCGAACGAGGCUUUGACCGAAAUCACUUUUCAUCUACACCCAAGGCUACUCGCAUGAAACUCAGCUAUCAAGGUCACGGUCAUCCACUCGUCCUAGAGCUCGAGCAAGAAGCCAACGUAGUAACGCGUUGCUCCAUAUCCACGUACGAGCCGAGCUUCUUGACUGACAUGAUCUUUGACCCGCGCAGUAUGGUCGCACAAGUCAUCGUCGGAUCUGAUCUCAUGCAGUCAGCCUUCUCCGAGAUCGAUGCCAGCUGCAAAAAGCUCUCGAUUCUCAUGACUUCGCCGCACUCUUCGUCAACUAAUGACGAAGAUGCUGACCUCAGCAAUUCUCUUAGAUCCAUACGUGGUUCGAACAGGCCAAAGUCGGCGAGCAUGCUCAGGUUCAAGGCCAUCUCGGACACAGGCUCCUCUGAGAUGGACUUCCCGGCCAGUCUCUCUUCUGCCGAUCCUACUGGCGUUAUCGAAAAGUUCAUAGCCCUUCCUGGCAGUACCGAGCAGUGGUACGACUUUACUCUACUCUCAAGGACCAUGACAGUCCUCCGAUCUUCGAUCAAGACGUCCCUGCGAAUGGAUGAGGCCGGCCUCAUUAGCUUUCAGUUCAUGAUGCCAAAGUAUCGACGCACUGCGGUUCAAGCGGCCGCAUUCGCCGCACCCGGCCCAGCCGCGGGUCAGGCGGCGCUCGAAGAAGAACAAGAUGCUUUCUGCGAGUUUCUCUGUUGCCCACUCGACACGAGCACCUUAAUUGUAUGA